AUGACUACCGCGGUGAGUAAGGGAACCCGACCCCAAGUCCGGAAGACGGUCGACAUUUCCGGAACUGAACGAAGACGGUUCCCGGGGUACAAGGGGAAGUCGGACAGCACAUUCUUACGUAGACUUGCACUCGAGAACGCGCGUAUGGAGAGGGAGAAAGCGGAAAUGAUGGUCGGACUGCAUGACACCAACCUGGAGCCUGAACCGGACUGGAAUACCGCUUCCGACGACUGUGACGACCAUGACGAUUACGACGACUAUGAUGAUUAUGACGACUAUGACGAAGUGUUCGAGAACGAAGUGUCUUAUAGAAAACCACAUAUACAAUAA